AGAACUAGAUCGCUUGACACAAGAACCAUUCACGCUAUAAAGGCUUUGACAUUUUGAGCUAAAAACGAGAACCAUGAUGAACUACAAUUCCUUAGAGAGAGCUUAAAGACCUUCUGGACAUUAAACGGAGUUAAAUUCUGCCGAUUAUGAGGUGUGACAAUAUAUUCAAUAUAGACUUUCUACUCUCAUUGACAAGAUAUUAGUCGAGAAAUGACGUCAUGAUUGGCCAAUCCACAGAUCAUUAAAUGGAAUACCUUAGGACUAAAUGCCAUGAGAAUAGCAAAACACUUCACUAGAGAUAUGACCGCGAUGACUGAUACGGCAGAUCUUAUAGCUGUCUCAUUGUGGUUUAAAACCACAUUCUUAUGCCACUGAAUAGUCAAGUUUCAAAAACCCACCUAGAUUAUCUUUAUACAUGGCUCUUUAUCAAAGGUUUUAUAUGGUUUUAUAGGCAUUUGAAAAGGUACAAGAUUACUGAGAACAAUUUGUUGAAACAUCUGGAAAUAAUGAACUCAGACCAGUCAAUAUGGACUUCAUAAUAUUCACCGUCAGAUAUCUUUAAUGAGUUCUAAUUCAAUUGGUUGGUGUACAAUGACCAUUGUCAUUGAUGAAGGGAGCUCUCUGCAGCAGGUGUAUAGUGGUGGACUCGUUGAAUAUUAAUCUCUCCUAAUAUUCAUCACGACUGAUGAUUCAAAGCUUGUUUGCAUGCUAAGGGCUUGGUUAGAAAUUAUAUACCUGAAGCCUAGAGCAAUUUAGUAUCUAGAAAAUUUUUUGCUUGGAAGAAGUCCGCUAAAAUCUCUGGCAAAAUUUUCUGGCAAGUUUAAUGUUAUGUUUGUUGUGGUGAAAUUUCAAGUAGGAAGCGAAGCAUAAGCAAUACAGAGGAACGGACGAAAUAGCACAACAACAUUCUGAAGUCGGGUUUGACAAGUCGCUUUACCGUCGCUAGUUAUGGAACUUUGGCAAAAGCUCAAGACCAACACGGGGCAGAUUGCCACUAACUUGAGGCAAGCACAGGAAAGAUACAGAGAAGAGCACAGUGCUAGCUCUAAACAUUCAAGCACUCAUAGCUCCAAGGAAGAUGUGAACAAGAACUCAUCAGCAUCUAAGAAACCUUCCAAGGUGUUGCUUGUCAUCGACUCUGCCGAGAACGACUGGGCAAAGAUCUUUAAAGGAAAAACCAUGCACAAUGGAUCGUACGAUAUUCGUGUGGAACAGGCGGAGUUUUCAGAUUUGAAUCUGGCGUCAUACUCCGACAGCGGCACGAUGGUUGAUAUACAAGUCUGCCGAGAAGGUACUGUGGUCGUUAGAUCGUUUCGUCCAGAUUUUGUGCUCGUGCGCGAAAGUGUGCGUGGAAUUGGGCCCAAAGAGGACUACAGGAACAUUAUCCUUGGCUUGCAGUUUGGUAACGUACCCAGCAUCAACUCACUCGAAUCUAUCUACAACUUCGCUGAAAAACCAUGGGUGUUUGCGCACCUCAUACAAAUCAUGAAACGAUUAGGAAAAGACCAAUUUCCACUCAUCGAACAAGCUUACUAUCCAAACUACAAAGAAAUGUUAAUUACCCCUCGUUUUCCAGUGGUAGUCAAAGUAGGACAUGGGAAUUCUGGAUAUGGCAAGGUUUGUGUCCAAAAUCAUCGUAGUUUCCAAGACAUCGCCAGUGUUGUAGCUCUGUCUGGUAAUUACGCCACCACAGAACCUUUUGUGGCGGGAAAAUGCGAUAUUAGAAUACAGAAAAUCGGUGACCAUUGCCGCGCGUUCAAGAGAACAUCCAUUUCUGAUAACUGGAAAACGAACACUGGAUCAGCUGUGUUGGAAGAAAUCGAACUGACAGAAAGAUACAAGCAGUGGGCAGACGAGUGCAGUGAGCUGUUCGGUGGACUGGACAUUUUAUGCGUUGAAGUUAUUCAGGGCAAGGAUAAAAAGGACUACAUUGUCGAGGUAACCGACACAUGUAUGAGACUGUUUAACGACACCAGAGAAGAAGACCAACAAAGAAUGGCUGCACUUGUGAUCAAGAAGAUGGAGGCACACUACCCCCCUAUCGAUCUUCCCAGCUCACCCACACACAGCGUCACGUCAGGGACGUCGAGUCCAUCCCCUGGUUCAAAAACCAAACCAAUAAUAGAAGAGAGCGAUGGAGCCUUCAGUGGGGUUCUGGAUUAAAUCAUGGAAUUAAGUUAUACUGAACAUCAUACGUUUUAGACAUCAACAAUGUUCCAAAAGAUGCCAUCAUAUUUAAAGAAUAUUCAAUAUUAAAAUAUAUUAUUUCAAUCGUACGAAAUUCCAUACAUUGGUUCACUGGUCAAAGACAAAGCAUUCAACCGAGGCUGCAAGGUUCAAAGCUGAAUAAUCCUUUGAAAACUACCCUUUCAGCCUCGAGUGAAUGUGGUUUGAGCAGUGAAUCGAUGUAUGGAAGGAGGUGAAUCUAAAAAGCCAAAAAUAUUCAAUCAAGAAGUAAAAACUAAGAAAUUAAUAAAUAGCUUAAUUAACUAAUUAUAAGAAAUAAAGCUAGGGUAUUUAAGUGAAUAUUAUAAAUUGGUAGUUAAAUAAUACGCGAAUUGAAAACGAAUUGAAACGAGAAAAUAAAAAUGGUAAGAAAGUGAUUUGCAAAUUUCCUCAAUUAAAUAUGUAUUUCCUCAUGAGAACAGUAAGACAAUUGCUGCUGAUUUUCUAAGAAAAGAAAGUGUGUGCGCAAGGGAUUCUGGUAGUGGUAGUAAAUGACACCAAUUGGCGUCAAACAAUCACGUCAUCAAUGAAAUAUCACUUUGAUAACGAAUCAAUUCCUGCAAAGAUCCCUAGGGGAAGGCUCUGCUGCUACACAUGUGUGCCCUCAAAUAGGAUCACAUCUUGCAAAUUCGUGAAGGACGACCCCUGCUUGAUCGCAUACAAACUUUGAAUUGCUUAUUAACUUGAAAUCGAAAGUAUCUUA